AUGCUGAAGAGCUAUGGAAAUACUUCAGCAGCUAUUCUUGUAGGAGCUGCCCUUCUUUUACUGGUGAUGAUUUGUGGAAUUGGGUGUGUUUGGCACUGGAAACACAACGAUAGCAUGCGAUUUACUUUACCAAAGGUUUUGCAAAGAAGAAGCAGCAAGAAAAAAGACUAUACCAAAACAUCCAUCUUGAGUCCUCGCAUUUUUGGCUUAAAGCAUAACACCUCAGUUGAAACCCAAAGGUGCAGCUCCACCGUUGAGGGAAAUAACAUCCAAGAGAACUAUGAAAAUGUGCAAACAGGUCCUCCCAAGGCUAUGGAAGAAACCGACAAGGAACUGUAUGAAAACACUCGGCAGUCUAACUUCCAGGACCAUAUCUAUGGAAAUGAGACAUCCUCUGAGUAUUACAACUUCCAGAAGCCUAGCACUUCUCAAGUUCCUCAAGAUGAAGAUAUAUACAUUCUUCCAGAUUAAUACUGGGUUCUCAAAAUAGCGAGUGUUGUUAUUAGAGGAUAAUGUUCA